AUGAAAGGCACAUUGUUUCUCCUGGCUCCCCUCGUGGGUGCCGCUGUCUUGGGAUCGACUUCUCAGAUUGACAGUUGUCCUGGCUAUAAAGCUACCAAUGUGAAGCAGUUAGGCCAGAGAUUGACGGCUGAUCUCAACCUUGCUGGAGAGGCCUGUAACACCUAUGGCACGGAUCUUCCAAACUUGAAGCUCCUUGUAGAGGCGCAAACUGAAACCCGCCUUCAUGUCAUGAUCUACGAUGCAGAUGAGGAGGUCUAUCAAGUACCAGAAUCUGUCCUCCCUAGACCGGAGAGCGCAAAGGGUCGUCAAAAGGAGUCUGUCCUUAACUUUGACUUUGAAGAGAAUCCUUUCUCAUUCCGAGUUCUGCGCGGAGAGGAAGUGCUCUUUGACACUUACGAUACCAACAUCAUCUUCCAGUCUCAAUACUUGAAUUUGCGCACUUGGCUUCCUGAUGAUCCGAACCUGUAUGGUCUGGGUGAACACAGCGAUUCGCUGCGUCUGCCUACCACUAACUAUACUCGCACUAUCUGGAACCGUGAUGCAUAUGGCAUUCCCUCUAACUCCAACCUUUACGGUACUCAUCCUAUUUAUAUUGAUCACCGCGGAGAGAAGGGCACACAUGGAGUCUUCUUUUUGAACUCGAACGGCAUGGACAUCAAGAUUGAUAAAGCUGCCGAUGGUAAACAAUACCUCGAGUAUAAUACCCUCGGUGGAGUCCUAGACUUCUAUUUCAUGGCCGGUCCAACCCCCAAGGAAGUGAGCGAGCAGUACUCUGAGGUCGUUGGUCUUCCUGUUAUGCAAAGCUACUGGACUUUUGGAUAUCACAACUGCCGAUAUGGAUACCAGGAUGUCUUUGAUGUCGCCGAGGUAGUUUACAACUACAGUCGUGCUGGAAUCCCACUCGAGACUAUGUGGACCGACAUUGAUUAUAUGAGUGGCCGACGGGUAUUUACUCUCGACGAAGAGCGAUUCCCUAUCGACAAGAUGCGCGAGUUGGUUUCGUAUCUCCACAAGCAUGAUCAGCACUACAUUGUCAUGGUAGAUCCGGCUGUCAGUAACUCUAAUAACGGUGCUUUCAACCGAGGCCACGACCAGGGAGUCUUCCUGUACCGCGACGAUGAGCAGAACGAACUCUACGAAGGCGCCGUCUGGCCAGGCCUAACCGUCUAUCCAGACUGGUUCAACAAAGACACACAGAAAUACUGGGACUCAGAAUUCAAGCGGUUCUUCAGCGCAAGAGACGGCGUUGACAUCGACGGCCUAUGGAUUGACAUGAACGAAGCUUCAAACUUCUGCCCAUACCCCUGUACAGACCCAGCAAAGUACUCCGAGGAGAACAACCUACCCCCAGCGCCUCCACCAGUCCGACCGAAUCCACGCCAUAUCCCUGGUUUCCCGGAUAGCUUCCAGCCUGGAUCUUCUUCAUCUGGCUCUUCAUCGCCCCGCGCGAAGAGAGGUGGCGCUACUAUUGAGACACGUAGCAUUAACGAGAAACGGAGCCGUGGUAAAAAGGGAAAGAAGGUUGGCUUGCCUGGCCGAGACCUUAUUAACCCGCCUUAUCAGAUUGCAAACGAGGCUGGCUCGAUUAGCAAUAAGUCUAUUGAUACUGAUAUCAUCCAUGCUGGUGAGGGUUACGCCGAGUAUGACACGCACAAUCUCUACGGAACCAUGAUGAGCUCGGCUUCUCGCGAGGCGAUGUUGAAGCGUCGACCCCACGUGCGACCCUUGAUCAUCACGCGUAGCACCUUCGCCGGAGCAGGUUCCCAGGUUGGGCAUUGGCUCGGCGACAAUUUCAGCCAAUGGGAAAAAUACCGUGUAUCAAUUCCACAGAUGCUAGCCUUCGCCUCGAUUUUCCAAGUCCCAAUGGUCGGCAGUGACGUCUGCGGUUUCGGCGGAAACACGACUGAAGAGCUGUGCGCGCGCUGGGCAAUGCUCGGCGGCUUCUAUCCAUUCUAUCGAAACCACAACGAGAUCGGGGGCAUACCGCAGGAAUUCUAUCGUUGGCCAACCGUGACAGAAGCCGCGAAGAAGAUCAUCGAUAUCCGCUACCGUCUUCUCGAUUACCUGUAUACUUCAUUCCAUCGCCAGACCUUGACGGGUACACCGUUCCUCCAGCCUCUUUUCUACGUCUACCCAGAGGACAGCGAGACCUUUGGUAAUGAUCUUCAGUUCUUUUACGGCGAUUCCAUUCUCGUCUCGCCCGUCUCAGAAGAAGGUGCUACCUCUGUCGACGCAUAUUUCCCCGAUGAUCUCUUCUAUGAUUGGUUUACUGGCGCAGCCGUGCAGGGCGAUGGAUCUGUGAAGACGAUUAGCGAACUUGGUAUUACGGAUAUCCCGAUUCAUAUCCGUGGCGGGAGUAUCAUCCCGCUCCGUACGGAGAGUGCCAAGACCACGACUGAUCUGCGUAAGCGCGGGUUUGAAAUUCUCAUUGCGCCUGAUGCUGAUGGGUCUGCGGGGGGUGAGUUGUAUAUUGAUGAUGGCGAGUCGAUUCAGCCGGAUAGUGCGGCGGAAAUCGAGUUCAAGUACCGGGAUGGUAAGCUUAAGAUCAUGGGUCGGUUUGGAUAUCGCCCCAAUGUGAUUAUUGAGGCUGUUACGCUGCUUGGACAGAGGAAUCAACCUCGGGAUGGAUAUUCUCGGCAUAGUGUUACCAAAAAGGUUCAGAUUGAGUUGGAUGGGCCUACCGAGGUGAUUUUGUGA